AAUCACCCUCCGAACCCUUGCGACAACCCACAACCCCAAAACCUCAUCUCUCUCUCUCUCUCUCUCUCUCUCUCUCUCUCUCUCUCUCUCAUCCACCAUGCCUCCCCCUCCACCCUUACCGGAGUUCACCAAAUCCGUCAACCUCAAGUACGUCAAACUAGGCUACCAGUACCUCGUCAACAACAUCCUCACCUUCCUGCUAAUCCCCAUCACCAUCUCCAUCCUCAUUCAAGCCCUUCAACUCGGCCCAGCUGAGCUCCUAAACCUCUACAAAUCGCUCAACUUCGACUUCGUCCACAUCAUGUGUUCCUCUUUCCUCGUUGUCUACAUUGCCACUUUCUACCUCAUGUCGCGGCCGCGCACUAUAUACCUCGUCGACUACGCGUGCUUCAAGCCCCCCUGCUCGCUCCGCGUCCCCUUCGCCAAGGCCAUGGAGCACGGACGGAUCAUUCUCAGCUCACAGCCCAAAGCUGUUAGCUUCCAAAUGAAGAUUAUCGAGCGCUCAGGGCUCGGGGAGGAAACGUGUCUCCCGCCGGCGAUACAUUAUUUACCGCCGGAGCCGAGUAUGGCCGCGGCUAGAGAAGAAGCUCAGAUGGUUAUAUUCUCAGCCAUGGACACACUCCUAAAGAAAACAUCACUGAAGCCCAAAGACAUCGACAUACUCAUUGUCAACUGCAGCCUCUUCUCCCCAACCCCAUCCCUCUCCGCAAUGGUCGUCAACAAAUACAAAUUACGAAGCAACAUCAAGAGCUUCAACCUCUCCGGAAUGGGCUGCAGCGCUGGCCUCAUCUCCAUCGAUUUAGCGCGCGAUUUGCUUCAGGUCCACCCCAACUCCAACGCCGUGAUCGUCAGCACGGAGAUCCUGACCCCGAACUGCUACACGGGGAACCAGAGAUCGAUGCUUCUUCCCAACUGCCUCUUCAGAAUGGGCGGGGCCGCCAUUCUGCUGUCGAACCGGUGGUCGGACAGCCGGCGGGCCAAGUACCGGUUGGUUCAUGUGGUUCGAACCCACAAGGGAUCGGAGGACAAGGCGUACAAUUGUGUUCAUCAGGAAGAAGACCCGGAGGGGCACGUGGGGAUAUCGCUGUCCAUUGAUCUCAUGGUUAUUGCAGGUGAGGCAUUAAAGUCCAACAUCACCACCAUCGGCCCUCUGGUUCUCCCCGCGUCAGAGCAACUCCUAUUCCUCUUCUCCCUGCUCGGCCGCAAAAUCUUCAAGAAGAAAUGGAAAGCAUACGUCCCCGACUUCAAACAAGCGUUCGAGCACUUCUGCAUCCACGCCGGCGGCCGCGCCGUCAUCGACGAGCUCCAGAAGAACCUCCAGCUCUCCGCCGAGCACGUCGAGGCCUCCCGGAUGACCCUCCACCGGUUCGGCAACACGUCGUCGUCCUCUCUCUGGUACGAGAUGGGAUACAUCGAGGCCAAAGGGAGGAUGAGAAAGGGUGAUAGGGUUUGGCAGAUAGCGUUUGGGAGCGGGUUUAAGUGUAACAGCGCUGUUUGGAAGUGUAACAGGACCAUCAAGAAGCCAGUGGAUGGCCCGUGGGUCGAUUGCAUUGAUAGGUACCCGGUUCAUAUUCCGGAUGUGGUCAAGUUGUGAGGGAAGUUGGUGAAAAAAAAAUUAAAUGCAACAGACAAUGGUUACCUUAACGCUCUCUCUUACGGUGGGCCACACGUAUGUGUAGAUCUCACUUCAUGUGAGAGAAGCGUCACAGAUAACAGUUGUUUUGAAGUUGGGAUAUUUCUUUUGGUAUGGGCCCUGGUUGUGUAGUCAAGUGUAGUUUUAUGUUUUAGUGGGGGGGAAAUUAAUUAAGAAUGUUUGUUGUGGACGGUGGUGGGGCAAGUUGGGAGAUUUUUCGUUUUUUCGAUUUCAGGUGUUUUUGCUAAAGACAUUUGUAUGGUUAUGCAUUUAUUUACUUAUAGAAUGAGAUAAAACAAGAAAUUGAAAA